AUGGCAACAGGCGGCAUACGACUGUGGUGUAGCAACUUGAUGGCAACCUUGAAGAUGCCAGAGGUACGGCAUGACCCUGGCCGGCUGGACGAAGACAGCGAAGAUGAUGAACAAGCACAGCUCAGCAAACAGAGCCUCAAGCGGUGCGAAUACGAGACUGAUGAUGAAACGCCCUCGACAAAGCGACGUUUCUGGCUGCGGAUAUUGCUACUGCUGGUAGGAGUAGUUGUGGGAACAACACUUGUCACUCAUGUCUGGACUCGUCACUCCAUCUGCCAUGUCUCUCCCACAAGACAACACCAGUCCUCCCAUUCUCCAUCCAUACAUCAUGGACACAACCAUGCCGAGGACACCCCACCGAGCCAUAAAGGCGAAGUGAAGGAGUGCGGAACUUCACCGGAGGAAGCUCAAGCCAGAGGGUGUGUAUUUGAACAACAGUUACCAGCCUGGGUUCCCAGAGCCUGCGCCUUUCCAGAAGUUGUUGAGGAGUACAAGGACAACUUUGGAGACAUGAUGACGGACUGGACUUGGUAUUGGGACAGCAACACCACCAUGCAAGUUCCACCGGAGGCAGUGCCGGAUUUGCAGGCGGGUAACUUUUCGGUGAUUUAUACCAAGUACCAGGCUUCGCAUGAUUUGCAUUGCCUCUAUUGCUCCCGCAAGAUCAUCUAUGCGCUGAGCAAGGGCAUCAAGAUGAUGGAUGCCCGGUGCCAUCAGUUCUAUCAUGGAGCGCACUGCAUACAACACAUUGGAAAUUCCUUGAUGAUGGCUGAGAGGGGAGACCAGAAAAGGAUACGGACUUGGGUGUACCCGCUCAUGUACCAUAACUGUGUGCCACUGACUUCGACCCAAGAAUCGUGA